GCCACGAGGGGUCUGUUUAGUUUAGUUUGUUGUGUUCGUUCUGUCUUCUUCUCCUCUCUUGUCAACACUGCAAACGUUUUUUAACAUACUAUUGAAACACAAUCUCCUUUUAAAACUUCAAGGAAGAACGUCACUCGCGCGCCGAUAUCACAAAAGAAAAAUAAACACAAAAAAAUUUAACAUAAGAAGACGAAGAAGAACAACGAGUUCAUUAAACACUUUCAAAACACUUUUAACUAAACUAAAAACUUAAAACCUUCGAUAAGUGCGCGCGUAAAACUUAAAACAAGCAAGUAAUAAAAAACGAAAAAGAAAAAUGAAUCUUGAGGCUUCUUCAGCCAAUAUCAACAAGAACAACAAGUGCUCCUGCCACUGCAAUCACUCUCACUAAAACACUCAUUAAACACUAACGCGUUCUUUACUCGCGAACGAGUGAAGACGAUCAAAGUGUGGUCUCCUCUUGCUCCUUAUGAUUCAAAAGGUUCUGUGGUCGCCCUGGACAGAGAAACAGUGUCGCGGUAGUGUCGUGGUCCUGCCGCGAUAGCACCAGCUCCAACAUGCCUCGCUGUCUCAUGGCGAAGAAGUGGAAGGCUUAUCCAUGGCCGGAACGACCUGAACAGGUGGAGGAGGAUGAGGAAGAAAUCGACGUUGUGGGGGAUUCCGUUCCCGGACCUGAGGCUCCUGGAACUUCCUGCUGGGGACCAUCAAGUCCGACGGCAGGAGCCACCGCACCUAGCCCUCCACCGACAUCACCACACGGAACCACUUUAAUCUAUAAUGGCUAUCUUCAAGAAUUAUCUCCUACAAACUACACUCCUACUUUCAUAACUCGUGUCGAGCAACCGUUAUCAAGUCAAACGCACGAACCAUCUUACGUAACACUAAGGACAGUGGUCGAAACGCAAGAUCUUAGGCCGGAUUAUGGAGGCCAAACGGAAAAUCAACCGCCGCCAAAUCACAAUCGCGGCCGGAAAUCGCUUUCGAUGUGUUUUACAAGUACGGGGGCGGCCCUAUCGCUUCCACCGAAAAAGAAAGAUAUCUACCGACCGUACCUUGACGAUAAACCGUCAUCGUUACCGGCGAUUCCGCAAAUACGUGUACCUGCCGAAGAGGACCUCCAUGCGGCUCAUGCCAUUUUGGAUUUGAGCGCGUCGACGACCGUUUUCAUGCCACCACCCCCACAGCCAACCCAAAUAGUUCCUGUUGAGCACCUGCAAGAAAGGAGAGAUAUUAUUGAGAAUACAUCACCUAAUGUCAUCCAACCUAAGCCUUCCAAAACCGUUGCGUACACAUACGAAGCUUUUUUCGUGAGCGAUGGUCGAUCAAAAAAGAAAACUCCUCCAGAAGAAGUUAUUGUGAAACCAGUGAUCAACGAGAAACCGAAAUACACUUGUAGCGAUUGCGGAAAACAAUACGCCACUUCGAGUAAUUUAUCAAGACAUAAACAAACUCAUCGAAGUUUAGAUUCUCAAUCGGCUAAAAAGUGUAUAACAUGUGGAAAGGCUUAUGUUAGUAUGCCAGCUCUGGCAAUGCAUGUGUUAACACAUAAAUUAGCGCAUAGAUGUUCGGUUUGUGGAAAACAAUUUAGUAGACCGUGGUUACUUCAAGGUCAUUUAAGAUCACACACCGGCGAAAAGCCGUAUGGAUGCGCUCAUUGCGGGAAAGCUUUUGCCGAUCGUUCAAAUUUAAGGGCACACAUGCAAACGCAUUCGGCUGAUAAAAAUUUCGAAUGUCCUCGGUGUCAUAAGUCGUUCGCGCUCAAAUCUUAUCUGAAUAAGCACUUGGAAUCUGCAUGCCUGAAGGACGAUCCAAACGGAGGUCCAGAGGAAGUCUACGCGGGCUGAUAACAAUUGCCAGAGGAAAUGAGUUAUCGACAGUCAGGACACGUAGCGGAACGAUUCAAACCCUAGUCACGGCUUCCAGAUUAGCCAUGAUUUAUUCCGAGCGAACCCCUUUGUAAAUAAACGCAAAAUCUACCCCUGCUCCAACUCCCAAGGAGCAAGAAGAAGAAGAAUCCCCUCGUUACAAAACACAUCGCAAAACGUCCAGUAAGUUUAGAAAAAGGGCUUCUUAGUCCAAUGUAGGUCUUAAGGCACAAAAAAUAAAAGUUACGUCGCGAAGAAAAAAGAAAUGAAAAUGUAAAACGAUUUUUUUUCUCCGUGACGCUUGAACUAAGGCGAAUACCGCUACCUACCCAUUUGAACACCAUUAAAAAAAUGUACAUAAUAAUACUACAAUUAGUCGUAAACGGCCACUGCGUAAGAUUCUUUGAGUUUGACAUUCACGAAAUACUAAAGAAAAGUUGUUCAGUUGACGAGUUAUCGUAGAAAUUGGGGCAUAAAUCGAUCCCACUGGUUUUUAGCAAUACGACCCUUAGCGGUACAUACGAAUCGCAUUCGGGUUGAAAGCAACGUUUCAAAAACAACGAAGUUUAAAAAUAGUAUUACUACAAGUUAAUUCAUUAAAAAAAUAAUAAAUUUAAGAAAUACAUAAAGUACUAAUAUAUACGUAGUUAAGAACGAAAACUAAGUGAGAUUUCUAUUUAUAAUUAAAUUACUAUUAUUAUUUAUGUUUCGAGAUUGAGAGAAAUUGAGAUAUAAUAUAUUUAACCGUUGUUCUAGUCGAGUUUUCUAGUCGAGGUUUUAAACAUUCCGUUUUAAAAGAAUCCCAAAGUAUUAUACCUAAAAAUAUCUUAUAUACUUUGUUCUAUUUUAUGGUAAAAAUUACAUGGUGUGGAUAGAAUGUACAAUGUUUAUACGACCUAGUCGCUAUAAAUACUAAGAAAUUGCCUGAAUUUGUGGUUAUUAUGGUUAAAAUUAGAGUUUGAAAAUUGAAUUUUUUUAAAUCGUUAAAGAAGCAAAUUCUUUCUUUAUAUUAUAUUUAAGGAUAACUCAGGAAAUUUGUUUGUAUACCAUGUGACUUAUCCAAUCAAAAUAUUGACAUUUCGUGAAAAAUCUAGGUCAAUCAUUCUAUCCGCAACAUAUCCAUAUCUUUAUUUUUAUCUGAAUUAAAUGGAAUUUAUUGAUUCUUAAACCAAAAUAACUUUUCAACUCAAAUUAAUUUGAGUACCAUAGAUUUGAACAAAGUGAUUAAUUAUUAUCGUGUCAAUAUUUAAUUAAAAACUUGUAGAUAUUUUGAUCCUAGUCCCAAGUUUAGUCAAUUAUUUUUACGUUCAAAGAUUUGCUAUUAACCAACCCUUUGAAAUUAAGUAAUGUAACGGCGCUAGAGUUACUAAAAGAGUUUAACAAUGGAAUAACUAACUAGUGUUUAUAAAAAGACCGCUAAAAAAAGACAAAAAACACAGAGAUUGAUAUUCAACGAAACAUAGUUUUGGCAGUAUUUUUGCAAAGGUAUAUUAAUAAUAAACUAAAAACUACUUAACUAUUUUAGUAGAGUAGUGUAUAAAAUGACGUUUUGAAACUAUUUAAUAAUUGUACAUGAUUUCGAGAGUGCGGGUAUAGAGUAGAAUGAUAAAUACGAUUUCUUUUGAACGAUUUCCUUUAAAAUUAACUAUUAGCGAAGUCUAAUAUUAAAAUAUUUGCAAUCAAAGAAAACGAUAAAAAGGUACUUUUAUAUUUUAAAAAAAUCGUUGAAAUUAAAUUUAGAGGGAACCAAAAGAAAUUGAUUUGGCACAGAAAGAAGGCAAAGGGACGUAUUAAACGAAGGGUUUUAGUGCAAUAGGCGAGUGUGAAUCUAGUCACGGUAGAAAGUAUUAAAAUAAUAAGCACGUUACGUAAGUCGUUCUGUUGCAUUGAAUCUUCAGUUAAGUUUUUUGCUAGUAGAGCGUAAGAUAAAAAGACCAUUCGAACAAGAGUUCUUUGAAGAAAUAAUGACAUGCAGACCAUGUAAUUUCUAUUCAACAUUAUAAAUAAUUGCAAGAAUACAACGAAUGUGAUGACAACUGUGGUGCCUUAAACCACUUCGAACAUCACGAAAACCAAAAAAAAUAAUAAUAACUUUUUGAUCGCGUAUAUUGUUAACGUCAUAUAAGUGCAUUUUUAACAACGAAACUUACUAAUUGAACUCUUGUCUGGAUAUUUAUUUAGUUUUGCUUAGUUAUUGCGUCGUUACGGAAGUUGAGGCAAAGUAGUAAAGGCAAUGAAUGUUUCAGAAAAAAAAAGUGUGGAAGCAAAGUGUACAGAGCAGCACAGUAGUAGCGAGGUCUCUAAUCUUAAACGUACUUAAGAUAUUUUUUCCGUUUUAUUCCUCGAUAUAUAAUAAAAAUAAUAUUAUAUAUAGUUUAUAUUUAAAGAUUUGCUGGCAAAAAUCCCGGGAACGGUAUACACUCGGGACACUCGUGGCUACUUACUGCUUUAUGUAAGAAGUUAAACGAUAACAACCCUUUCUCUUCUCCGAAACAAAUAAGCAAUAAUAUCUAUAGUAAAGCAGAGCAUGUUCGUAUUAAAACAUUUUUAAAAACGUUCUCCCGAAAUUAUUAUUCUUUCGACAGCUAUCUCCGCGAAAUCAUCUAAAAUUUAAGUAAAUGUUUAGAUGUUUUUAAUUCAUGUCAAUUAGAAAUAAAGUCAAAUUAUUACAAAAACUUUCAAAUUCGUUUUGAGUCAGUAAAGUAUAGUCAAUUAUUGAGUCAAGUAGGUUAUUAAGUUUACUAUUGAAAAUAAAUGUUAAAUGUUAGAUAUUCAUGUCGUAAACAGUUGUUGUUUAUCGUAGUGUUGAUGUAAUUUGAUGUCAAUCAAGAGGUAUGAAUAUACAUAAAUGUUUAUAGAUAUUUCAUUUAUUAUUCUUCGAUAAUAUUAAUACAAGGAUGAAAAGUUGUUGACAUUGUUGAAAUUUUAAACACGAUUCCACGUUGGAAAUUAAUACAUUUUCAUGAUCAUAACAAUCUCAUCAUAACAAUUUAUUUUUACAAAUUUAGGUAGAACUUCAAUGUAGGGCUUGAUCAAGGGUUGGUACUAACCAGCUUGAUGUUGAUAUGAUACUAAUUCUAACACAACAGCUGCAAGCGACAUGACUUAAUUAGACAAAAUUAUACUAUAUAAUAUAUUUCUGUAAUUUAUGCAACAAAUCCAAUACUAAUCAUGCCAUACAACUCACAAGCGACCUUGGCUUAAACAAGAAGAAAGUCAUAACAUUCUUCGUCCUAAGUUUAGCCGAGGUCGCUUGCGGCUGAAGCUCUGCAAUUAAUAUCAUAUCAACCCAACACUAGUCCAGUCAUAUUGUAAUUGACUUUAUGUUAUAAGCCUUUACAUUAAGAUUUCAUCCAAGGUACUUUAAUCUGUGUUAACUAGCUUGGUUUUGAUAUAGUAGUACUAAUUACUACUACCGAGGACUACAAUUAUUGUAGAUCCUCGGCCUCAAGCGACCUUGACUAAUUUUGUCAUGAGGAAUAUAUAAUGUUGUCUCAUUAAGCUAAGAGUGGUUAUUGCAGAGCAAUGUAAUGAUAAUGCUCAAUGUAGGAGCUCUACUUAAUUUAUAAAGUAAACUGCACUGUCUUGAUUAACUUUGGGUCAAAUCAUUCAUAUGUUGUGAAAAAUUCUAAAACAGUUAUUAAUUUUAUUCAGAUUUAAUACCACUUCAAACUUGCAUACUAAGUAGGUAUGUUGAACUUGUUUGAUAUGACACAGCCUAUUUGUAAUUUCAGUACGAAAUUCCGUUUUCACGUUAAAACCAAUUGUGCAAUAACCAGGACUUUACUUUAUUAUUUUAAUCCACCUAACUCAUAAGCAGGUAAUAUUUACGAGUGAAGCAAGUUAUGGUCCAACUUCACUUUCUUUUCUGUCAAAAUUAGCGGCAGUUUGUAGCUAUAUUCUUUCAUGCAAAUGGCAUUGAUAGCCAAUCACCCUUAUCGUCCUUUUAAAUCCAGGAAGAAACAUCCAGUCUAUUAACUAUAGUGACUUCUCACUAUACAAUUAUGUAGUGGACUUCAUUAUAUUGUGUCUAAUGAGUAAAUACAAAAAGAUUAGGGCUAACAAUAAAUGGGGUUUAAUUCAUAUUUACAUUUGUACUUGCUAUGUGACUAAAUUAAUGCUUUCAGUUCCAGUACGGCUUAAGAUACGUCAUUUUUGCUAGACACAUAUACAAUAUCACAUGUUAACAGCAGUUAAAAUAGUUAAAAAACCGGCAGGGAAUAUCUACUAUCUAUCUAUAAUACCAGCAAUGUUGGUAUUCUUUACAGCUAUUUUUUUGCAUUUGAAAAUCCUUAACAGCAUGUUGGUGUCAUAAUAUUCGUCUUCGGCCGAUUUUUCUCUUCAUUAUUUUUCUUCUUCUUGUAAUUUACUUAAACGUGAAGUGUAAUGAUGGCAAACAGAAUCUUCUUGAUCUAUAACAGAUACAGCAUCAUCAUUCUCGAGCUGUAAUUUUCCAAUACUCCCUUAACUGCUUUCCCAAGAGAAACUGUUUGUAACUUAAUGUAUACUAAGCCCUACAUUCAAUAUAGGACUCUACUGCAUAGCAUUGAUGUUUGGCAUCAAUAGAAAAUGUUGUAAUAGUUAAUUGAAUCUAUUUUCCAUUUAAAAGCACGAUUAAUGGCACCUAUGUGGUAGAAAUAUAACCGAAAAUAGAGUGUCAUCAAAUGUUUGAUGUUGCUGACCUGGGUUAAGUGCUUUAUUAAGUGCUCAAUUUUAUCAUUGCAUAAUGUAAUGAAGUGAAUGAAAAUGCUUUAUAGUCGCAUUUAAUGCUUGUGUGUCUUAAACAAUUAUGAUUAGUUUUGGUGUAUGAACCAUAUUCAACUUUUCUAGAUGGGGAAAGAUAAAUAUUUAGGUUCUUCAAAAAGUCGCAAAGUCUUCGAUGUAAUUUACAUAAAGCUUAACAGGUAAUAGAGGCCAGUUCUUUGUUCAUGAACCGUUGUUUUAUUGAUAAAUAUUCAACGGACAAAAAGGUUGAGGAAUUCUCCCAGCUAUCUAUGUGUAUCUAUAUUUCAAUUUUUAGUAUAAAUACCAUUCUGGAAAUCGUACUCUUAGAAAAACAGGGCGAAUAAUGAAACAUUCUGGCACAAUACAUUCCAGAAUGAUUUAGGAUUUAGUCAAUAGACAAGAUUCGAAUUUGGAACGAUAAAAUCGCAUCUUUUGGAUUUGUUUCAUAAAAUUGACUUGCCAUCCCUUAUUACAGUAUUACGACUUCACAUAAAAAAUGUUCUACAAAGAGAUUUUGUUUGACUUUGUAUAUAAUUCGCUUUUAUGGGCAACAGCUUAAUUGGGACAAAAUACUUCAGUCUCGACCUUUUCUAUUCAGCGAAAUUCUCUCUACUUAAAAACAGUUACAAGAUUAAAACCAUUUUUUGAAACCCAAUGGAAUCUUAAAAAUAGUGUGUGUUAUGGAACAUAAAUCAAUGAAAUUGAUUCAAACCAAUGUUCGUAUCAAAACGAUAUAUUAAUAUUGCAAUAUUGAAUACUUUUAACUUUUAUUAAUCAACUAUUAAAAAAUGUCAUCGGUCUUUGAUAAUGAUUUAAUCAACAUUAUUUUUUGUAGACUACUAGGAAAUGAGUAAAUGCCGGAAACCGAUUAAUCGAUAAUUUAUGGAUAACAACGACGUAUUGGAAUAACAAAUAACUUUUUUUUCUUAAUAAAGACCAAUAUGAAAUGAAUGAAACCUCAUUCAAUAAUUCCUUUGGGUUACGCUGCCCUACAUUUGUUUUCCUUCAGGAUACGAAUAAGAUGAAUAAGAUACGAAUAAAAAUAAGAUGUCUACAAAUAGUUUCGUUCCCAGUACAGUCCAACGUCGACUGUAUUUUCUUCCAUACACUUUCGAAUUUUAUUUCAUUCCGUGUGUUCACAUAAACCGCCGGCGAACCUUCCUUGCCACUUUGUCAGCUUUAUCAUUGAUGUCUGUGUGACCUUGUAUCCGUAUCACAGUAGCUUUAUUGUGGCUGUCCUGUUUCACCAAGUUUAAUGUUGUCCAAAUAAAUAUAGAAUUCAAUUUAUUACAUUAAGAACUAGAGAGAUUGUUUUCUCUUCUAGAUUUUUAGAUUUACUCCAAAAAUGUUAACAAUAAACGAAGUUUUAUUGCAUAAAUUUCACUUUGUAGCAUUGUUGUUGUUAUUCCCAAUCUUAGAUUUAUAUCCCUAUUUGAACCAUCUGUAUAUCGGAUUAUGGUUUUAGGAAUUACGCUGGUGAGUGUAAUAAUAACGUAGAAAUUCUCAAAAUUCUAUACAUUAAAAUACUAACUAAAAGUCGUGGUUAUAGAAAAUCUUGCUAGAGAUUAUACUUUGGUAUGGAUAAAUUAUCAACGCAAAGAAAUCCAACAUAUUGUAAUGAAAUGAGGAAAUCCAACCUAACUCACUCAAUCAAACUAAUCUUAAUGCUUUUUUUUUAUUGGGAGGAAAGCUGUGCAAGUUGGUAAUAUAGAAACAUUAAUAUUUCGAAAAAACAUUUCGCUGGUUUUGCAGCAUUUAAAAAUAAGAUCAUGAUACUCUGGAAGUUUUCUUAUUCAAAAUUCUAUUUCGUUAGUACAUGAUUGAAAGUAAACAUUGUGCAAUCCUAGUCGAUGUUGUUGCUCUUAUGAUACAAAGCUUGCCACGCUCCUAAGCAACGCUGCACUUAAAGUUCCACUUUUGGGUGACGGAUUCAUGGUUUGGAUGUUCAUUAGGAGAAUUCUAUAGAGGUUUCUAUACACAAAUUGAAACGGAAAAUAAGAAAAAUUAGAUUUUGUCGAGGUAAUGGAAAAUUCUCCCGAACUUUUUAUUGCCAUAAUGGAAUCAACCGCAAUCUAAACUAGCUUCUUCCUUGAUCAGAAUAUCUAGAGGGUGAUGUCCUAGAUGAAUAGCCACUUAAAGUUUUUCCAUUUCUAUUUGAGUCAUACACUGUAAUACUUUGUUUCAUCAUACAGUUAGUUUCAGUGACAUAGUGCAUAUAAACUGCACUUGAGUAGCGUACUUUUGGCUAAAUUUACAUUUAGUCUUAUUAAUGUACAUCACUUUUUCACAAGUUUUUAAACCGUAUUUAUCAAAUCUGCUCCUUUACCCUGCACAAGACGAAUUUGAAAACAGUUCCAAGAUCCUCUAUCAUCACAUUCAUCAAUACAUUUCAUGAGAACAUGUUAAACCAUUUCUUAUAUAAUAUUUAGGCAAAUAACCUUGGAAAUCUUGUGUCAUACGAUACUCUACUUUUACAGAAAUAUGGCAUCUAGAAGUAGAAAAAAAGUAAGAAACAAUGAAUUGGUGAAACGGAUAAUAACAGUAUUUAAUGUCAGAAAUUUUUAGAAACGAAAGUUAUGAAUUUGUCAUACUUUGUCAUAUUGAUAAGUACCUAUUGGCGAAGAUAUACAUCAAACACCGAACUUAUUGUAAAAAAUUCUAAAAGGGAAGAUUUGGAAAUUAAAGUUUAGAGCUAGCCAUAUAUCUAUUAGCUACAUAUCUAGGUCUGCUCAUCUAUUUUGCAACUGUUCUAACUGCUAUAAGUAAUAAUGAAAACAUAUAGUUAUUUUAGAAUACAUGAUGUACUUUCGAGGCAACUAAGCAUAAUCAUAAAGAUUACUUCAACACAUCUUAUUACAACUUAUUGCUGGAAGUAUCUUUGUAAAAGUGCCAGAUUUCUUGUGGUUAAUUAAUAACAAAUUACAAUUUUUAAAACCUUAAAAAUUAGUUGUUUUGGAAAUUAUCAAUAAAUAACGUAAACAUUGCGGGAUAAAGUUUGUAAACAUGAUUCACAGUAAUUAACGUUUGUUUAACAUCCGAUCCAGAUUAAUUUACCAGUUUCAAGGGUACAUACGUGUAACUGUUCACUAAUAUAGGCUAUAACAUACUCCAACCACUUAAUAAACACAAAAAAAUGAUGGUUAUCGGGUUUCAAUAUCAAAACAAAAUUUCCCUCAUUGUACAAGAAUGAAGUUCUUGAUAUAAAAACUUCUCUAUCCAACAAAACAUUUGUAGGAAACAUAACAUUAAUGUUUAAUGUAUAUUCAUACCGAAAAUCUAAAAAGAAACAAGCAAUAAUAAAUCGCGAAGCAAUAACAAAAAAAUAUUUCUACCCUCAAAUUUAAAGUUCGAGAAUAACUCGUAGGAUAUUAUAGGAGGAUGGCUGUCAAAAACUUUCGAAAGUCGUCAAACCGAAAAAUUUCGCGGAGAACGUGAAACGAAAUUACAAAAGGAAGUCGAGAAAAGGGUGCGAAGGCGAACUCUUGAAAAAGCAAUAAGCCUAAUGGGGGCUGCUCUGCCUCGCCGUUGGGCAACAACUUUACAUUCCGAAAGCAAUAUCGCAAUAUUCGCGCCUCAAAGGCGGACAAUCUCGGUGUUAUUCCUCGUAGAUUAUACGAAUCUGUUGUAGCAUUUUCGGUACAAAAAAAAAUGUUGGCGUUAUUGAUGACAUGGGGACAGUUUAAGUCCGCGGGUUCGAUCCGAGCGAGAUCCGACUCGGGAAUGUCGGGUAUUCAGAAGCAAUAAAACACCGUAGAAGGUGGUUACGGAGUCCACUGAUAACAAAAUAUAUAAUAAGUUCGUGGAUGACGCACCACCCGGAAACAUAUAGCAAUAUAGAAGUUAACGAAGUAAA